AUGAUUAGUUUCAAACUCGUGUCAGAGUUGACAUCAGUGAACAAAAUUGGUAGUUAUAAGCAACUAUCAAGAAAUAUCACUGACGCUUUAAGCCUAAUUAAGCACAUUGAUUCUAAUGUUGAAAUAAGAGUUUGGUCACAGAAGACUCUUGAGGUUAUAUUAGAAAAUCAAAAGCUCACAAGAUAUAUAAUUGGUCUGGCUCAUAUCAUCCAGACCAUUAAAGAAUCAAAUACAAAGCUUUGUAUUAUUUCAUGUUCAUUCAAUAUCAAAGUUAUUGCUAUUGUUUUUUUACUUCUUUCAUGCAAUAUUUCUCAAGUAGUUAGCAGAAUUCCUAAAAGACAUUGA